GCCACGGGUGCUUGUUGCUAUAUAUAUAAUCCUCAUUCUACCUUUUCUCUUCGUUGAUCGUCUCUUCAUUCAUCGGUUCGUUCCUUCCAGUUUUUCCAGCUCGUCUUCCACUUUCUGGGUUCGUCUCUAAUCUCCUCUUGCAAUGGAUCCUUACAAGCGACGACCUUCAAGUUGUUACAACACUCCCUUCUGGACUACCAAUUCUGGUGCUCCGGUGUGGAACAACAACUCCGCCUUGACCAUUGGAUCCAGAGGACCUAUUCUCCUAGAGGAUUAUCAUCUUGUGGAGAAACUUGCUAACUUUGAUAGAGAGCGGAUCCCAGAGCGUGUUGUUCAUGCUAGAGGAGCUAGUGCAAAAGGGUUUUUUGAGGUGACUCAUGAUGUCACCCACCUUACUUGUGCUGAUUUUCUUCGAGCCCCUGGAGUUCAGACUCCAGUUAUUGUACGUUUCUCCACUGUUAUCCAUGAGCGUGGAAGCCCUGAAACGCUCAGAGAUCCCCGAGGUUUUGCUGUUAAGUUUUACACCAGGGAGGGUAAUUUUGAUCUUGUGGGCAACAACUUUCCUGUAUUUUUCGUCCGUGAUGGUAUGAAGUUCCCAGACAUGGUACAUGCUCUCAAACCGAAUCCCAAGUCCCACAUCCAGGAGAAUUGGAGAAUCCUUGACUUCUUUUCUCACCAUCCUGAAAGCCUGCACAUGUUCACAUUUCUAUUUGAUGAUCUUGGCAUCCCACGAGAUUACAGGCACAUGGAUGGUUCAGGUGUUAACACUUAUACUCUGAUUAACAAGGCAGGGAUAGCACACUACGUGAAAUUUCACUGGAGGCCUACCUGUGGAGUCAAGUCUUUGUUGGAUGAAGAAGCUAUUCGUGUUGGAGGAAGUAAUCAUAGCCAUGCUACUCAGGACCUGUAUGAUUCAAUUGCAGCUGGCAACUACCCUGAAUGGAAGCUUUACAUUCAGACCAUUAACCCUGAUCAUGAAGAUAAAUAUGACUUUGACCCUCUAGAUGUAACCAAGACUUGGCCCGAGGAUAUCUUGCCCUUGCAGCCAGUUGGUCGCUUGGUUUUGAACAAGAACAUUGAUAACUUCUUUGCGGAGAAUGAACAAUUGGCCUUUUGUCCUGCCAUUAUAGUUCCUGGAAUCUACUAUUCAGAUGACAAAUUGCUUCAGACUAGGAUCUUCUCCUAUGCCGAUACUCAGAGGCACCGUCUUGGACCAAACUAUCUGCAACUCCCUGCUAAUGCACCUAAGUGUGCUCAUCACAACAAUCACCAUGAGGGUUUCAUGAACUAUAUGCACCGAGAUGAAGAGGUCAAUUACUUCCCUUCAAGAAUAGAUCCUGCUCACCACGCCGCGAGGUAUCCUCAACCACCUGCUAUUUACACUGGAAAGCGUGAGAGGUGUGUAAUUGAGAAGGAGAACAACUUCAAGCAGCCUGGAGAGAGAUACAGAUCUUGGACAUCAGACAGGCAAGAACGAUUUAUCGGUAGAUGGGUGAAUGCUUUAUCGGACCCUCGUGUCACCCACGAGAUCCGUAACAUCUGGAUUUCUUACUGGUCUCAGGCGGACAAGUCUUUAGGCCAGAAGCUUGCAUCUCAUCUCAAUGUGAAGGUAGGCAUUUGAAGGUGUGUGUUCACUUUUUCUGUGAAUUAUACUAUACGUAAAGGGGAGAAGCGAUUUGAGAUAAUCAAUCGGAUGCAGAUGUUAAUCCAUGCUGUUUUAAUUUAUAGCAUGUUUUACAUUUUAAAACUGGAAAAAUAAUUUGAAAAAUUAUCCCUUCUCUGUACAACAAUUUUCUAAUUUAAAAUGUUAUAUUAUUAUUAUUUUUUAAAAUCACUGUAAAGACUUUUUAAACUUUUUUUUUUUUAAAAAGAAAAAAAAAUUAAAGACUAAAAAAGUUACAUCUUAAAAACUUUGAGAUCAGACACACUUAUUCUUUCAUUAAUUUUCUCCUUUUUUUCUGUUUUCUGUUUUUUGUUUUUUUGUUUUUGUUUUUUUUUUGUUUUGUCUGUGUGAGGUUGGAAAUUUUAAUUGUCUGGAUAUUGAGAGAAAAAGGGACAAAAUAAGAAAAAAAGAAUCCAAACAAAAUAGUAAAAAUAUAGUUCUUUGAAUGGUGGGGUAAAGGGGAGGUUACUUCAUUUUUUCAUUCACAUGCAGAGGGUAGGGUAGUGGCAGGAUAAUAAGGAGGGAGCGGGAAUAAUUUUUUUUUUCUGUUAGCUAAAAGGAGAUGGAAACGGGAUUAUAUUCCCUGGUCUCGUCUCCAUCCCAAUGAAUAUAUUAUAUGAUUAUAUUUAUAUAAUAUAAUAUAUUAUUUAUUGUUAUUAUGUUUACCUGAACAGAAU